GCGGCAGACGGUGUAUGAAAGGUGCGGAAUGUUUUGAUUUUGAUCGAACAAUAAAAAUAGAGAAAACUCGUGAUUCCCCGAGGGGAAAAACGCAAUGGCCGGUGCAAUAACGCGUGUUUUGUGAAAAUACUGAGUGAUAUAUCGGUGCGUGUGCGUUGUGCUUGUAAAAAAGUGUUAUUUUAUAAACUGUUUUUCUGUAAGAUUUGUUGCUAAUGUGGUCGCGUGUGAUAAUAUGUGACAUCAGUUUACCCGAUAGAUAUGUCUACCGAUCCUGAUAAUAACACUCCAUGUCCGAAUGCGACUGAAAUCCGCGAUUUCUUAGACUCUUCCCCCCAAAUUGGGGAAAAGAAUGAUGGUACAAGUGAGAAAAAGAAGAAACAAAGAUCAGUGUCCUUCCCUGAUGAUGUCCAGCUAGUUACGCAGUACUUUGAACCUGCGAACCCUUGGCAAGAUGUGCCAGCCACAAGUAAAACGCAGCUUGCGGCAGAGUACCUCGAGGCGUGUCGCCGACAUGGGACAGCGCCGAUCGACUCUGUGCUUCAACAAAUACGGGAAUUGUCCGAAACAGCGAUCGGCGGGGUCGUCCGCUCUCCCCGGCUCGCGUUGUCCUCGUGCGUGCUACAAGGCUCGGCGCCGGCGGACGCGCUCGAGGCGGUGCUCAGGAAAGUGCAGUUCAGGAGACUGGAGAUAGACCACGCUGUGAUGGACGAUGAAGGAGCGGAGGCAAUAUUCGACAUGAUAGAGUACUACGAAAGCGCUACUGUUAUGAGUAUCACUGGAGAAAGGCAGUUCGGCAUUAGGGGGUGGCAGGCAGCUUCUAGAAUGAUCAAAAAGAGUGCCGAGCUGUCAGAACUAGAAAUAUUAGAAGGGCCUUUAGAAGCAUCUCACGCCCCAGUACUGGCCCGAGCGCUACGACCUCUGGCCUGCAGACUACGAGUGCUGUGCUUACAGAGAGCAGCAUUGUCAGGCGAGCCGCUGCUGUGUUUAGUGAUAGCUUUAAAGUCUAACAGUUCGGUUCGAGAACUGAGGUUAGGCGACAACCGUUUGACUGCCAGCGAUGCUUGCCAUAUAGCGUCACUACUGCGGCUCAAUACUAGGCUGCAGUUACUGGAUCUAUCUAAUAAUAUGAUACAGGACGCUGGGGCGGGGCAUAUAUUCGGGGCUUUAGUGGAGCAAGCGGCCCAAAGUCCGCCAGUACCAGACCCCGCUUCUAUUAGCGGUUACGAAGCGAGCGGCGUAGCGUUUCUGGUGUUAUGGAACAAUCAGCUGACGAGGAAUUGCGCCGUUCAUCUCAAUAAAGCACUGCGCUGCAAUCAGUCGCUGUGCGUACUGAACAUGGGGCGGAACGCGUUGGGCGGGGAGUGCGUCAGGGCGCUGUGUUCGGGCCCCGGCCUCAUAUCCGUGGGGUUACAGGCGGCACGAUUGACUAGCGAGUCGGCACCCGCUUUGAGGGCACUAUUGGCAGCGCAUCCGGCGUUACAGAGAAUAGAUCUCCGGGACAACAGAUUGGGCGUGGCAGGUCUUCAAGCGAUUCUGGCCGCUCUGAAGGAAAACACUACGCUGAUGCAAGUUGACCUGGAUGAGCCGUCGGAAUCGACCAACCUCUCCGUGGUAGACAGCGAAUCGGCCACCAUAGCCCGUCUUACCCGCGAUAUCCGUACAAUAUGCGGUCAUAACGAGCCCAGUUCGUCACCAGAAAGACGCGUACAUCGACGGAUCAGUCUCACCUGCCACACCGACCCGCCGCCUGAGUCUAGUAUGGAGGAGGAGAGACGCGGCCGUCUCCGCUCGCCUGCCCCUUCCCCAGCUGGCAGCCCCGUGCCCGCGCCCUCCCGCUUCCAGGUGACUAGAGUGACGCCGGAGAGAGAGUCAUCGUCGGACAGUUCGAGUCCAUCAACACCCAGAAACUAUUGUCCUGCGUCGUCUAGGUUUAAAGUUGUGCAGGUAUCAGAACCGCCUCAAAUCCACGUGCAUCCAGCCACAACCACGAAUCCUAUCAGAAAGAGUUCAUCCCGUUUCUCCGUAACGAGAAACUAUGACUCAGUGUACAACCCAGUAACCCCCCCACCCUCCCCCGCGCCUCCCAUUGACCAAUCGCCGACAACCAUCGAAACAAGAACCAAUGAGAAUUCGAAACAAACGAAAACCGAAGAAAGAGAACCAAUCAAAGUUGAAUCUAAUAAUAAAGUUGAAAUACAGACUGAUAAACCUGUUGUUAGCUUUAAUGUGCAAUGUGCACCAGUAAUUAGUGUUAGUGAAAGUGUUACGGACAAAUCUAAUGCCAAAACAAACGAUAAUAUUGUUGUUAAAACGAGUGAUACUGCGAGUUUAGUUAGUGAAGUGAGCGUGUCUCAUAAUGAGACUGUGGUGAGUGGGAAAGUGAAUCCGGUAAAAGAGAUAGCUAAUCCUGCGAGUGAGAAAAAGACAGAAACAACCGAGGUUGCAAAAACUGAGAAAGAAGACCCAGGUAAGCUUAGCGAUGUAACAGUUUUCAAUUUCGCCAUAGAAGAUGUGACCGUUGAUAAAGAUAAAAAUGCAAUGAGUCAAAUUGAAGCGAUCACAGAAGACUUGGGUAAUCUUAUUCAGGAAUUCAGAGAUUUGAACGUGAAAAUGGUGAAAAGCGAUUGUACGCAGACGGAAGUUGUUGUUAAUAGUAAGUUAGACACAUUCAUUGUACCUGUUAGUGUUAUACGCGAGAACGUAGUUCUUAAGAAGAAUAAAAGCGAAUCUAGCCUCGACAGUCCCGACUUGGAAGUCUCCAGGCUCAUGAAUAAAAAGUUGAGCGGAAGUCCCUUCUGCGAUAGCAGUUCUUCUCUGGAAAUUUCUGGAAGCUCUGUUGAGAGUCUCAAUUUAAUAGACAGUCAGCAAACCAAACCUCUAGUAAUAUCGGAGCCGACGGAUAUGGAAUUAGAUAGGAGAAAACCCGACCACGUUGCAUUGUCCACAGAAAGCAGUCUGGAUUCCAACACUAGUGAGGUUACACCCGUCAACUCUAACCUCUUAAAUAUGUCGGUUAGCUCUAACGAAAGCGUCUCCCCCAUAAUAUUCGGGAUAAGCAAAAAGAUACACGAUUCCCUUUCUAGUUUGGAAGCUAGCGUCAGUUCUUUAGACUCUUGUAGGCACGACAAAGUCAUGGUGACCUCAGCUGAUUCGGGUAUAGAAUACUCAUUACAGAACCCGUCGGAAAGCAAAGAGAAUAAUUCUUCGAACGAAGGGACUUUGACCAACAAUUCUAGUUUGAAAGAAUCCGUUAAGCAUUCGGAUAGUCUUCAAGAGACUAUUACGUCGCCGAAAAGAACUGCCAGCUUAUUGGAUGUGCCUGCUUUGAAAACGAAGGGUAUAGGCGAGCGAAUGCGCAAGAUCUCAUGGGUGGCGCCAUCACCAAGCUUCCAUAUACCAAAACCAGAGCCUGAGAAAGAAAUAAAGCUAAACACACAUUUGGAAAAGCUUCUGAGUCUAUUCCAACAUCCGCUGUUCUCUAGAAGCUCGAAUGAAGAAGAGAAGAAAUGUAAUACGCCGCCUAGAAAGGACUCUUCUCUAACGAGCUCGUUCUGGUCUUGGGGGAGUGUGACAGAAAAGGACAGAGAAGACAAAGAGGACAAAGAUAGCUCCUCGGAAGCGACUGAUUCGACGCUCUCGGAAAGAGUGCAAGUUUCUUUCGUCGACGAGUCUUUCUCAAGGAAGUUGGAUAGCAAAACUCCUUCAACGGACACGGACAACACCCUGAGCGAGUUCCAGACGUUCCAGAAUUCAGAAGCUAGCGAGGCGUCACAGGACGACAAGAAAUAUAAAGUUACCGAAGCCACCGAUGACUAUUUAGUACAAAAAUGUUUAGUUUUAAGUGACAACGCAUGUUUUAACGGCAACAAGGAUUUGCCCAAAACAAGUGAUAGUACAGAUCUCAUAAAACCCAACGACUUAAAUAAAAAUUAUGAUUUGAACGCCGGCGAUUCGAAUAAGAAUCCCGAUUUGGAUAAAGAGAGAACGGAGGAGGUCAAGCCGGAACCUAUAAGGCCUAGAUCCUUCGCAGCAGUCCUGAAAUCUUCAGGAUCCGAGAAUUCCUUGGAAAAACAAAGCAGUCCGGAGACUGGACAGCCCGUAGACAAAUUGCCCAACAAAGUAAUACGCGGUAUCAAAGAGAAUAUAAGCCCUGAAAACACAUUGACCUCAAGCAUGACCAAUACGAAAACUUUAGCCCUAGAACUAACCGAGAGGCAGGUAAAAAACCAGCCGAUAGUCAACACGGUAUGGGAAGUGACGGCUCCUGUCUUGGAGAAAAUUGAACCUAAACUAGAAGAGGUUAAGGUGCCAAGUGAUUUAGCCCCGAUUGCCACUAUCGAAGAGACUUGUGAAGAUGCGGAAAGUACUUUAGAUUUCAUAGACGAUCCCAAAUUUGAUGAGAAGAAUGCUUCAGCCGAUAGUGGAGUCACAUUAGAAGGUUGUUCGAACGCAAAGAAAUAUGAAAACGUGAUGCAUACAUUGACGAGCGAAUUGGAGCAUGUUGACUUAGGCAAGGACGCUUUGUCGUACCUCGCCUUUGAGAAUAAAGAUAGUGAGAAAGCCAGUUUGAAACCUCCACAAGGUUCUCUUGCUCAAGAGCUGCAAGACGCAGAAAUUAAAGAAAUGCUAGACUUAUCCCCAGAACUAAUUAUAGACGAAGCUAUAGAAGUCCCAGAGGUCUUUACAGUGAAAGAGGUGAAGGGUCUAAGGACAUCGCCCGUCAUUCCGGAAAGGGCUAAAAUCAAGAAGGCCAGCUCUUUAGAAGAGUUGUCUCAAGAGUUGGACGAUAGCCCAAAAACUAAAACUAUAGCAUUCAAAAUGCCGGAAUUGUCUACCACAAUUCCGAGAGACAUACCAGAGAGGAGAGGUAGAUUGAGAACGCGCAGUGGAUCCAGUCCCAAGUCUCUGCCAGAGAGUUUGAACAAACCUUGCCCGUUGACGAAAAUGGACUCGUUACUGUCCAAAAAGAAAAAGAAAGUGUCUUCCCUGGGAAAAAUGGCCAAAGAUUCCCUAUUAGCCUUGAAUAUGAGUGAAGACGAAAUUGCCGAGUUCAGACGAUCAUAUAAACUCACUUCUGUUGAGAGUUUGCGGAGUCUAGAAUCCGUGUCCGAAGAUGCCAACUCACAGAACUCUAUGGAUUACAGAUGUAGGUCCUGUUUGAGGACGAGUCAGGAAAGUUUGAUGUCUCUGGAUUCCAUUAACGAGGAUUGUCGGUGUAGAGACGAUUGUGAGAAACCCGGACAUUCUAACUGCUGAAUUUGAUUAGAACUUUUAAGGAGUAAACCUCUUUCGUAUUCUUCCGUCAGUCUAUCCUUUUCUGGCACUUACUCUGGGUAUGCUCUCGCUCUUUUAGAACGAAGGUUUUUUGCAAUAGAAAGAGAUAGAUUGACUGUAAAACAUUGGAAGACUCAAUAAACUGUGGUCAAACAAUUGCUUCAGUACGAUAAAUAAUAAUUAUGAUGUAAUCUGUUUCUGGUGUACUGCAAACAUAAAGUUUCUGCUACUCGUAUUCCAAAUAAUGGGUAAUGUUCUGGUUAUUUAAACUGUUGUAUUACAAUUAUGACUCUUGUUACAAAGCAAUAAGAAUAUGAGAAUAGUUCGUAAAUAUAGUUUAUAUCCUUGAAAACCUUGAUGUUGUGCCGACAGUACUCUGCGAAGUAUUGUAUUGGCAGCAGAACUUUUUUUUUAUUAUUUUGAAUUAAUAAUAAUAAUAGUAAUAUAUUGUAGUGUACACUGUGUGUACAUAUAUAGAUAAAUAAUUAUUAUCUCAAACCAAUUACGAUUGAAAUUAAUAUUCGAGUCCUCAAACUUUAUAUAGAGCUUUAUUUUGUCAGUGUUAAAGAUCGUUUUGGCUUGUACAAUAUUAUAUUAACUAGAUUGAGAUGUGAAAAUUUGAGAAUUCAAAUGUUAUAUUUCAUCGUAUUGGUAUCGGUAUGGAGAAUUGAGCGGUGUUAAGGUCCCACGAUAUGUGUUGUCGCGAGCGAGGACGCGCCGCGCAGGGUUGCCAAACGUAUGAGAACUCCUAACGGUUGAGUUUUAGCAGGCUCUAUACAUGAUAUGAGGUAAAUAGUAACCUCAUACACUUUGCUAUGACAUUUGAACAAUGUUGACCGUUAAUGACCAAAAGUAUACUGCUAAAUCACAAACGUUAGAGUUCUCAUACGUUUGGGAACCCUGCGCGGAGCAUCCUCGCCCGCGACAUGCGCGACACAUACCGUGGGAUCGCACCUUUAGGCAGAUAAUGACCGUUGGGAAUUUUGAAGCUAGCGAUAAUGAGUUCUAUGGACCAAUGUCAAAGUAUGUGUGUAUAUUGUGAAAGCAGAAAGCUGGCCAUUGGUCAUUUUUAGGAUCAAAUGGAAUCAAACUUUAACACGGGCUCGUAUAACACAUUUUUGCUUGCUUCAAAAUUGCUCGCUGGUGGGUUUCUGCUUAACAACGCUCAAUUGUGUUAACAAAAACUUAUGCUGAUGUUUGGUCCGUCGCCCCGUUUAAUAUUAGAUAGAUGAAUAUAAUUAUGUGGGAAUGAUUCCUAAGUAAAUUGUAACAAUGCACUGCUUCGAAUAAAUGAAAGAUAAUUCUUUGCUCUUAAGUUCCAAUAACAAUUAGAAUUCUCAACAUUAUAUCUUCAUAGAUAUCAAACAAGUAAAUACAAAAUGGAGCAAUUUAAAUGCACACUAGGGUUCAAUCAAUGCAAUCAAAAAAUUCUAUAGACAAAGCGCGUCAAAGUUUGGCACUGGGGGCUUGUGACGUCACUUCAAAGUUAAAAUUGUACCAAGACGUGACGUCAUGCGACAUUUGAAAUAUAUAUCAGUUAUGUUUUGAUUAUGCUUCAAAUAUACUUUUAGAUAAUUUAUCUGACAGACAAAAAAAAGUUUGAAAUCAUUCCUAUUAGCAACAUAAUGGAGGUACCUGUACAUUGGCUAAUUUUCUCCUAUUUUGAAGCAAGAUAAAAUCUUAAGUCUGUCAGAGACAUCUAUCAAUUUUGUUUGGAAAACUUUGACUUGCGACUCUGCACAUGUUUAUUGUUAAAUUGUUGCAAAUCUGAAAUGAAUAUUUAUUUCUUUGAUGUGUUAUAUUUUGUCGAAAUUACUGAGUUCUUUUGCGGGAGUCCCACUGGAGCAGGAGGUGAAAAACCCAUAAAAAUCUUUUUCAGUACAUUAAAAUUCUAUUAACGGAUUAUAAUCUGAUGUUAUUGGUAACUUUUGUUACAUGUUUAUUGCAAACACAAACAGCUAAGUGAGAGUCGGCAUCAUUGUUGUAACAGAAAUAUUGUCUGAUUAUUCAUUCUUAAAUUUUGAUAAUGUUUCUGCUUUUUUUUUUCUUCAAUUUAACAACUUUCUAUGACUUUAAUUGGACUAUAUCUUAACUAAUUUCAAUCAAUCGCUCCAGCAUUUUCGGAAAAGUGCCCAUGGAUUUUAAUAUAUGCGUCCAAAGCCUUAUUUUGAAUGCAAAACUGCAACUGAAAUCGAGACAUUUUGAAAUUUAACUCCUUCUCAAGAAGUUAUUAAUUUGACUGUGUGUAUACGUCAUAUUACCUACAGCAUAAAGUGGGUAGUUUAUUCAAAAUUACAAGACCUCAACCAAGAUUAGAGUUUAAGUAUGUUUGAGUAUUGCAGGCUGUGUGUGCAGUCGAUACAAAUGAAAAUCCCUUGAAUUUAACCUGGAUGAUUGUAGUUAGUUCUAUGAACUUUCGAGGUAGAGCGCAAGGGAUUUUCGCCUUAAUUUCAAUUGUAACAUUAUUGUAAAAUACAAAUUUGAAAAAACGCUGCAAUGUACUUGUGUAUAAUGCGUAUUAUGUAAAUAAAAACAGAUAUUUUGUAAUUUCGAAAAGGAACUAUAAUAUACACAUAUAAAAGUUUUUUUCUGUCACAAUUAUAAUGUGUAUAUAUAAAAUAUAAAAGUGGAAAAUUACUAAAAUAAUAAUAAUUAUUAUUAUUACUAAAAUAAUAUUGAAGAUGUUUCGAAUUCCUUAGAAUGUACACUGGUCGAGUGUAAUAUUUAUUGGUCUUAAAAGAUAUAUAAUAUUGUACUAUGUGUAUUAGAAAUUUCAAGAUCUAUAUAAGUGUUUAUUGUAUAAAUAAAUGGGUUGCUGCAGACUUAAAGCCCGAUCACGUGACAUCAAAUUGAUGUGACGUCAUCACUGCCUAAUGUCUUUCUAUUCUUCAAAUGUCUGUCUGUAAUAUUCGCUUGGUGUCAGAAGAAGAUGUUUACGGACUUUUUUUGGAAAUUUUGAAAGUGUGCGUGCGCAUGUAUUGUAAAAAAACGAUAAAGAAAAAAUAUUUGAGUAUUGUAAUUAAAUAAAACCACAGGUUUCAUUCGUAACAUACA